AUGUCCGCAUUCGCGCCUGCCCCCAAGCCCGAGAAUCGUCUCGCGCGAUACCGCGCACUCUCGCCCAAGGCCGCUGUGCACGUCUCACCGCUCCAGCUUGGCGCGAUGAGCAUCGGUGAUAAGUGGGAGCAAUUCGGCAUGGGCAGCAUGAAUAAGGAGUCCUCGUUCAAGCUCCUCGACGCGUUCUUCGACGCCGGUGGCAACUUCAUCGACACCGCGAACAACUAUCAAGACCAAUCUAGCGAGGAGUUCACUGGCGAGUGGGCGGAGAAGCGCGGGAUCAGAAACGAGCUGGUCAUCGCGACCAAGUACACGACCAACUACGUGAGCCGCGACGGGAAGACAACCCAGCGGGUACUCUUCUCGGGUAACAACUACAAGUCGAUGGCCAUGUCCGUUGAGGACAGUCUCCGCAAGCUGCGCACGUCGUACAUCGACAUUCUCUACGUGCACUGGUGGGACUACGACACCUCGAUUGAGGAGGUUAUGAUCGGCCUCAACAACCUCGUCAAACAGGGCAAGGUUCUCUAUCUCGGUGUAUCGGACACGCCUGCGUGGAUUGUCUCCAAGGCGAACCAGUAUGCCCGUGACCACGGCUUGUCCGAGUUCAUCAUCUACCAGGGUGCAUGGAACGUCAUGUCACGCGACUUCGAGCGCGAGAUCAUUCCUAUGGCGCGCCAAGAACGCAUGGCUCUCGCCCCAUGGAACGUUAUCGCUGCCGGCCGCCUGCGCUCCGACGAAGAAGAAGAAAAGCGUCGCCAAACCGGUGAAAAGGGGCGCGAGAUGUUCGGCGGAACCUGGGAGCGCUCCGAGGAUGAGCGCAAGGUCGCGAACGCCCUUCAGCGCAUCGGCAAGGAGGUUGGCACACCGCACGUCACGGCCGUCGCGAUCGCGUACGUGAUGCAGAAGACGACGCACGUAUUCCCGAUUAUUGGAGGGCGUAAGAUCGAGCACCUGCAGGCGAACAUCGAUGCGCUCAAGAUCACGCUCACGCCUGAGCAUAUUCAGGAGCUCGAGAGCCUCGUUCCGUUCAGCUUGGGCUUCCCGUACGAUGUCUUCGGAUCGGACAGCAACGAGUAUGGCUGGGGUAUGAAGAUAGCUGCGUGGUUGGAGAAGCAACCGCACGCGAAGCCCAUCACCCCCGACCGCGACUAG